GGGAGCGCGACGGGCGGGCCGAUAGCCUACAGCCGUGGACAGACAUGGUCCCCGCGGCGUGGGCGCUUCUCCUGCCCCUGCUCGGGCUCCUGCUGCCCGCGGGGGCCCUGGCCCACGCCUGGGACCCCGCCGGCUACCUGCUCUACUGCCCCUGCAUGGGGCGGUUUGGGAACCAGGCAGAUCAUUUCUUGGGCUCCUUGGCAUUUGCAAAGCUCCUGAACCGGACCCUGGCUGUCCCACCCUGGAUCGAAUACCAGCAUCACAAGCCUCCAUACACCAAUCUGCAUGUGUCCUUUGAGACGUACUUCAAGUUAGAGCCACUCAAGAAAUAUCAUCGGGUCAUCAGCUUGGAAAGGUUCAUGGAGAAGUUGGCCCCGAUCCACUGGCCUCCUGAGAAUCGAGUGGCCUACUGCUUCGAUGUUGCAGCCCAGCGGAGUGCUGACAAGAAGACCUGCCCCAUGAAGGAAGGGAACCCCUUUGGCCCAUUCUGGGAUCAGUUCAAUGUCAAUUUCAACAGAUCAGAACUUUUUGGUGGCAUCGCCUUCAGCUCUUCUUACAAGGACCAUUGGAUCCAAAGGUUUCCCCCAGACAAACACCCGGUGCUUGCCCUGCCUGGAGCUCCAGCCCAGUUUCCAGUGUUGGAAGAGCACAGGGCCCUACAGAAGUACGUGGUGUGGUCAGACGAGAUGACACAGAAAGGGGAGGCCCAGAUCCAGGCACAUCUCAUCAGGCCUUACAUUGGGGUUCAUCUCCGAAUCGGCUCUGACUGGAAAAAUGCCUGUAAUAUGCUGAAGGAUGGGACAGCCGGCUCCCACUUCAUGGCUUCACCCCAGUGCGUGGGCUAUAACCGCAACACUGCCGCGCCUCUUACCAUGAUCAUGUGCCUGCCAGACCUGCAGGAGAUCAAACGUGCCCUGAGGCUCUGGGUGAAGACAGUCAAAGCCCAUUCCAUCUACAUUGCCACAGACUCAGAGAGCUAUGUCUCCGAAAUUCAGCAGCUCUUCAAAGGGAAGGUGAAGGUCGUGACCCUGCAGCCUGAAGUGGCACAGGCUGACCUCUACAUCCUUGGCCAGGCAGACCACUUCAUUGGCAACUGUGUCUCUUCCUUUACUGCCUUUGUGAAACGGGAAAGAGACUUACAGGGCCGGUCCUCUUCCUUCUUUGGCAUGGACCGACCCCCGAAGCUACGGGAUGAGUUCUGAUCUCCCACCUUCUCCCCCAGCAGUCAAGGCCAUGGAUCUGGUAGCGGUGUCAUCUGGCCAGACAGUCAAGUCAAGUCACCAGCCUGCUUCAUCCAAAUGCUGGGGAGGAGAAAGGUGGCCGUGUCUAGUGUCUGGUCUUAACCCAACUGAAUUCCAGGAUAUAAGCUACUUUCUCAUCUUACCUGCUGGAGACCAGCAAGCAAAAUACCUCAAAUUGCAAGGGCUUCAUCUCAGAAGAGAGCUACCUUUGCAAUCCAUUUAUGGGUAAUUCCUAAACUAAUCCUCAGUAUCAGGCAUUGAAAUACCCAGUGUCUGCCCUAUUUCCCUGUGCUCCUCCGUCUUCAUCCUGCUGUUUCUUUAAGGGGCUCCUGGGUAAUUGGCAUUCUGUCAUUGAAGUACAGUGGUCCUCCUGGUUCUCUAAGCAUCCACUGGCAAUGGAAUGUAAUGGAGAGGGAACUAGAUUUGGAGGUACUGGCUUUUCUACUUAGAAGAUGUGUGACCGGGGCAGCUAGAUGGUGCAGUGGAUAGAGCACCAGCCCUGGAGUCAGGAGUACCUGACUUCAAAUCCAGCCUCAGACACUUAACACUUACAAGCUGUGUGACCCUGGGCAAGUCACUUAACCCCAGUUGCCUCCCUAAAAAAAAGAAGAUGUGUGACCUUGAGUGAGUCACCUCAACUCUAUGUACCUCCCUUAUCCCAUCUAGAAAAUAAGGGUGUUGGCAUAGGUGACUUCCAAGGUCCCUUCCCGCUCUAACUCUAUAAUCUUCUGAGUAUCUCCUGGAUUACAGAUUUUCUACUUUUAAUACAUGACCAGCCUAGAUUUUCCGCUCCACAUAACUAUUUUUAUAACAGUAGGGGGCAUUCAUACGGAGACCUAAAGUGGCCUUAGUGGUGCAGGCAGAUGAGAAGCUGAGACAGGUUUGCUGACUGAAGGGGGUUAACAGCCUACACCAUGCUCACCAAAGAGGACCCUUUGGUUGCUUGUCACCUCCCCUCCUGCCCCUGCCUUUCUGCAUUAUCAUGGUCACCCCUCUUUUUGUGGUUCUCCUCUUUGUGAGAGUCCAUGUGCACUGACAUCCCACAAGGGCCAUUCAUUGCUUUGCCAGAGCAAGCGCUUUGGAAAGGUCACUGACCUCUAACCCAGCCUCUCAGCACGAGGAGUUUGCUCCCUCUGGGCUCCAGAGUGCUGACCAAAACUUUGUGCUGCUUCCUGCCUGCCUUCCUUUGCACAGUGGGCUCUGAGGCUGUGGCGAUGGGGUGUGGCAGCCAAGACACAAGUGGCCCAGUCCCUGGGUGGAACUUCCAGAUCUUGCCUCUCAACCUUAAGUAACCCUCGACAUCCUCCUUCCCUCCCCCUAGCUUCCAUCCCUUUUGUAGAACCUGGGAGAUUUUCUCCCAGAGUUCUGUUUAAAUCUGGAGGAAGUCACUCCCUCUAAGCAUAUUCUUUAUGACUACGGUGUUAUACAAUCAUCCUGCCCACUCCCCAAGGGUUGAAGGUUUAGCUAGAUGACUUAUAAAAUGCUCAGAUUUUGACACCUAGAGAUAUCCUGUACACCUCCAUCUCUACUUCUCCUUGGUGAAGGUAGUUGAUGUUGGGAGUUAGGGAACCUCACAGAGGAACCCCAAGCUUGCCACCCAUCACUUUGGUUUUAACAUUGACAUUCAUCUUCUGGGGCAGCUAGGUGGCGCAGUGGAUAGAGCACCAGCCUUGGAGUCGGGAGGACCUGAGUUCAAAUCCAGCCCCAGACACUUAACACUUACUAGCUGUGUGACCCUAGGCAAGUCACUUAACCCCAGUUGCCUCACUAAAAAAAAAAGAAAGAAAGAAAGAAAGAAAAGGACAUUCAUCUUCUGAGGAGGAGUUUGAUUCCUCUUGUACAGUGGAAGUGAUUUGUAGAGGUCACAACCUGAUCAGGGGACUUGCCUUAGGAUGCCAAUCUGCGAAGGGAAAGCAUGCAGGAAGAUGAAUUUGUAGUGCUCAGAUUCCCUUAAAUUACAAAGGGGCCUUAGGAAACCCUCCUGAGCAAAGAAGAGCCCCUGGAAAGGAAUUUUGUAAUUUAAAAAAAAUAAAAUACAGCCAUACAUUUUUAA